UUCAUAUACUUGAAAUAUGUAUUGCCAUUAUCAUUGUGAGAUGAAACUAAAUCUGUAGAGUUUUGUUUUUUAAUAAUAUUCUCUUCUUCAGAAGCAAUGCCACCAAAGCAAAGAAGCAAAAAAGGGGAACUCGCAGCAGAUGAGCAGUCCAGUUCCUCCAGCACAGGGAGAAAGCGAAAGCGAGUGACUCCUACUCAACAGACAGAGACUGUGAUGCAGAGUGCUCUGCCAACCAUUGACUACACACUACUGGCAAAACACAUAUUAACUGAACAACAGAAAUUAACAUCCAGUGAGGGGAAUGGACUUGCUGAGGCAACCGCGAGCCAACAUGGGGAAGCAUCCCCAUCAGUUAUCCAAAACAAGGAGCCACAGUCCAGCAGUGAGCUAGUUAACCCUGCAGCAACUACGAGUGUUACAAAUGGUACCCCACAAGCUAGUGCCAUGGUCCCAGCCUCUGCACUUGGUGCACUUCUGGACAAUGUUUUUACAGAAAGCACGGCAGGUAGCACCAUACUUAGAACAACAGGCAACUGUCAUUCCGGCACACCUAUUACAGAUUUGACCUCUUCAACUCGUUCAGUCCUUGUGGCAGCUUUAUCACCCCCUGCACGAUAUGCUUAUAGACAUUCAUGGCAACUUUUCCUCAAUUACAGAAAAGAUCCAGUAUCUCUACCAUUGCCUAUUACAGACAUAUGUAACUUCAUUGGUUUUCUUUUUGAGAAACAAUACAGUUCUAGCAGCACUGCCUCACAUAUAUCGGCAUUAGGUUAUGUUCACAAAAUUAUCAAUUUGCCAGAUCCAACUCAAACUUUUAUUGUGCGCAAACUACUGAAAGGUUGUCACAAGCUACUACCCACUCAGGAUGCUAGAUUGCCAAUAACAAAAAAUAUCAUGCACAAAAUUUUGGCUGCACUAGUCUUUACUGUUCCACAAGCUUUAAAUCAGGUUCUUUUGCAAGCCCUUUUCCUUUUAUGUUUUAAUGCAUUUCUGCGUUUAGGGGAAGUUAUCUCAAAAACUCUAGCAGAUAAGGACAAAGUUCUGCAAAUACAAGACAUUAUUUUCAGUGGAGAAAAAUGCAGUCCUUCAGCAGUUCAAAUUGUUCUUAGGCACCAUAAAUCUCAACAGAAAAAUGAGCCCAUCAUUAUAUCUAUUCAAGCCAACCCUAGUUCACAAUUUUGUCCAGUGCAUAAUCUUUAUAAGUAUAAAUCAUUAUUUCCACAUGUGUCAGGCCCCUUCUUCCAGUUUGUCAAUGGUACUCCAGUCACAUAUUCUUAUGUCAGUAGUGAACUUUCAAAAGCAAUAGCAUUUGCAGGUCUGGAUCCCAAACGUUAUAAGGGGCACAGUUUUCGUAUAGGUGCAGCAACGCAUGCUGCACAGUUAGGGUAUUCUGAGACUUUCAUUCAACAUUUAGGCAGAUGGAACUCGAAUGUUUUGCACAGAUAUAUUAGAAUUAAAUCGUUUCAGUUGUAAUAAAAUAUAGGAUUCCCUCCUCCCUCCCCCCCCCCUUUUUUUCUAUAUCAGUCCAUCCCAGGGCAGGUCAGUGUCUAACUGCUGCUACUACUGGUUACGUGUAAGUUUGCAGGUCAGUGUUUAACUGCUGCUAUUAAGUUUGUUGCAGGACAGUGUUUAACUGCUGCUAUUAAGUUUGUU